AUGACCAAUGACCAGCAGAUACUAAGACAGAAUUCGACAAACCAACAGUUGGAAAAAUCAAAGUCUUAUGCUAAUGACUUCGCUGAAAUGUUACAGGCAUGUGAUAAACAAAAGAAAUAUAUUUUCUUUGAGAUAAUUGAGGGCUUAUACACAUUUAUUGAAGAAAUACUUGUUUCAAGACACAUCUUAGUUGGAGCCACUGAUACAAUCUACGUUGAAGAACUUCUCUACAAAGACUUUCAUGAAUUAUUUCAUAUCUUAAAGAUCGGUGCUGAGGAAAACCUUAUGGAAUAUCUAGAUAAAAUGAAGACGAUGAAAGAAAAUCGCCUCAAAGAUGUUCAAAAACGAAUGGCAAUGUUUCGCUCUAACACUCAGGUUACUGUAGAGCAAAUCAUAGAUGUUGAAAUGACAGAUCAAGAAAGAGAAGAUACGAACGAGUCUCUUGCCAUAGCUACCAAUAUACUCAGAAGUGUCAUGUCUGCAACAGUUGAAGAAAAAAGAUUGAUGGACAUCCUGAAAAAUCUCGGAACUCAUCGGAUGACGUAUAAUUAUCUCGACGAAGUGUUUGAAGUUGAUGAAAUCAAUAAAAGAAAUCUGGGAAAGAUGAUUAUACGAUAUGUUG